UUCCAUCUUAACCCAAGAACUGUAGUAUACCUACUUUUAUUUCAAUAGAAUAUCUUAAUAGUAUGCAGGAAUUAAGCACUCCAACGAAAGAUCAAAGGCUUAUGUCUUCUUCAAUCCACGAUCCCCUCUCAACUACUGAGUUACCAACUCCAACUAGUCAAACAACGGUCGAGCUUCUAAGUAAUGAUAUCAAGAAAACCGAAAGUAUGGAUUCAGGUGUUGUUUUACUGACUCCUGGCACAAGCCCACACACGACUCGUGGAUCCAGCGAUAUGGUGUUGUCAAGUGAUCAUACUCCUAGCUCUCAACGUAGACAUUACCAGGGAGCACAUUCCCAAUAUACAAAUCAAACGAAUGGCUAUUCCAUGAAUACUCAAACAGAAGCAUAUAUUAACGAACACCCUAAUUAUCAAACUCGCUUCCAAGAAUCUAAUGCUUAUCUAAGUAACAAUAAUGUUACUACCGUCCCACAGCCUAAUCCUUAUUUACCUGGAUCAUAUUAUCCUCCUUAUUAUGCUGCCUCCCAACAAACAGCAGGUGGACGUCCUGGUGUCCCUGCUUUUCGUCCUCCAUUUGGUGUCCCUGCUGCUACACCUUGUUACGGAGCACAGUGGCAGGCUCAGCAGCAACAUUAUCCAAUGAAUGGAACUCAUCCUUAUAUGAAACCUUAUGUUUCCAAUGGAGUUACUCAGCAGUUAAUGGCAGUGCAUGCCCCUCAGAAUACUUCAAUGUAUCCUCCAGUAACGCCCGUAGGACAGCCGAAUGUCCCAUAUUUAAAUCAACCAGCAUAUCUCCCGUCUGUGCCUCCUAAUCCCGCUGUCGGUAACAACUCUUCCGGAUUUCCCGCACCCUCUACAAAUAUGACUCCUUAUACACAUACAAAACCAAGAGAAGAUGUGCGUUCUGAAUCCGAGGAUGCUCUCAGAUCGGAUAAUGCGUCUAAACCGGAAUUAAAGCAACAAAAUGCGUAUCUCACUCGUCUUGUGUCCAUGCAUCCAGCUAUCCCUCCAGCUAUUCCUAGUAUGUUUCCCAUAUCUCAGGAAGAGAAAAAGACGGAAAAUCCAGGAAAAACAAAAAACGUUUACAUUCGUGGCCUUCCUCCUACUACAACCGAUGAAAGUUUACUGCUGUAUUGCAACCGCUUUGGUAAGGUUGUGAGUAGUAAAGCCAUCAUUGAUGUUAAUAAUAACUUAUGCAAAGGAUUCGGAUUUGCUUGCUUUGAGGAGCUCAAAUCUGCAGUCUUAUGCAUAUCUGCUAUGACCUUGUGUGGUUAUCAAUGCUCAUUUGCCAAAGAGAGUUUCAGCGCAAGAUUGCAAAAUCUUCAAGAUAAAGAUAGCACCAAUCUGUAUAUCUCCAAUCUUCCUCUCCAUUGGAAUGAGGACGACAUUAGUAAUCUUUUCAAACCUCACAGAAUUGUUUCAAAUCGUGUGCUUCGUGAUUCUAAGAAUCAAUCUCGAGGCGUUGGUUUUGCUCGCAUGCAGGAUCGUUUCGUAGCUGAGGAAAUCAUUGAUAGUUUCAAUGAUUAUUGCAUUGACCCAACCUUACCUCCUUUGCAAAUUCGUUUUGCAGAUUCUGCCGAGCAAAAGAAAUUUAAAGGUCAAACUCAAAAGAGGCGUAUGUGGCGUGCCCGUGAGUAUAAUGUUCUUACCAAGAGCAUUACCGCUUUAAACGAUGCAUAUUCGAACUUAGACCGGACGGAAACACCACCUGUGUCUAUGUAUCCUAAAAUGAAUUUGUAUAUGCCUGUAGACAAUAAUGUCUAUGCCACCAGUCCAGUUUAUGAUAAUUUUAAUUGGCAAAAUAUGUAUCCUCCAGCCUCAGCAUAUCCGGUGAACGCUGAAACUUCAAUACCUAAGGCUGCAUACUCGGGAUAUAAGACGCAGAAAAACAUAGCUACUGCAGGUGUGAAUUGAUUACCAUACGGAAAGAAACGUUAGUUAUCUUAACGUUCACCUGAUUAAUGAAUGUAUGAAACUGAAACAUGAAUCUGAAACCGAAUGAAGUUUGAAAUUUAUUAAUGAGUGUUAUCUGAUUUCAAAUUUAUUAUAUAUUAAGUCUUAUAAACUACAGGUAUAUAUAAUGAGCCUUAUAUAGUGGUAUUGAUUAAAUUAAUAAUAUACAAUGUUUAGUGGAUA